AAUUGUGUGUCUGUCGCCCCAUCAAUUUUACCCACUGAGCUGUCCUGAAUCCUAUAAUCAACUGACAUGGCGGAGUACGGUCGUGAGCCUUGUCCCUUUCGCAUUGUCGAGGAUUGUGGUGGAGCCUUCGCAAUGGGCGCCUUGGGCGGAGGAGCCUUCCAGGCGAUCAAGGGCUUUCGAAACGCUCCCUCCGGCCUGAGAUACCGAUUGAGCGGUGGAUUGGCGGCGGUACGGGCUCGAUCCGGCCUGGUGGGCGGUAACUUUGCGGUGUGGGGCGCCACCUUCAGCGCCAUCGACUGCUCACUGGUUUACUUCCGGAAGAAGGAGGAUCCGUGGAACGCCAUAAUUAGUGGAGCGACCACCGGGGGCAUUCUUGCUGCUAGAACUGGACUAACCUCCAUGCUCAGUAGUGCCUUGGUGGGCGGGGCUCUGUUGGCCCUUAUAGAGGGCGUGGGCAUUGUGGUGUCCCAUUAUUCGGCGGAUUCCUACCGCCAGGUGUCGCCCGUGGAGCGGCAGGAACGGUACAAGCAGGAGCUUUUACGCCAGCAAAAGGACGUUUCUCCACUCGCUACGACUUAUGGAGAGAUCGAUUCUUCGGCAUUGUAGAAUUCUUCGCUGCGUCAUCGCCUAGACGUCGCUAUCCAUCCGCGAACGCAAACGUGGAUCCACGAUUGCAUACCAAUUUAUAAAAGAUUGCUUUGAUUGUUCAAAUCUGAUACUGGCGGCAUUUCCAUUUCAAUUUAAAUUCAAUUGUCGUACAGUGCAAGUUUUAGAAUCAUUAAUAUAUUUUCCU